GUCGUGAUUACGGGGGCAUUUGUGCUUAUUCACCACAAGUUGUUACCGACCGCUUGGGAGAUUUGCUGUUGCAACGUUAUACACACACUGUUCGUCUGCGCGAUGGUUCUUUUCGAGUUUGAAGAAGAUGGCUUAAUGUCUGUAGAUGACGGGAUUUUUGACUUUGUAAGGUUCGAGGAUGAGUGGCCUAAAGAGUUUAGCUGGGAAGAAAGCAACCUGUUUCGUACUGGACCGGAAAAAAGUAUACAAGGCUUAGAAAACAUUUUUGAAAGUUCGGAAUCCGACAUAAGACACCAUCUAUUGGGUGCAUCGAAGAUGGAGUACGAGCAAGGUAGCAACACAACCGUGGAGGAUUACUUCUCAAGGAAUUUUGAACCGAGAACUUCAACCACCCAAACUCCCGAACUAGUUGCCUCGCCGUCGAAUAAGUUGCUGGGGGUUUCGCCCGAAGAAUCGUUUAAGUCUUGCUUGAAGACAGACUUUCAAGGUCGAAAACACUAUCACGGUUUGUAUGCGCUAGAUGCAGUGGAGAAAAGUUUUAGUUUGUCUCCACCAGCUGGUUUAUGGACACAUACCACAAGCCUCAAGUCGUUCGAACAGCAGAACUCUCCUUUCAAUGACACUCCUACUUUGAGUUGCCGUCAGUCAACGCAGGAAACUCAGUUUUCGACUCCCUUCAAUUCCCGAGAGUUCUCGAAUAUGAAUAUUAUGCCUUCAUCCCCUUUGUCUUCAUCUUCAAAGCGGUUUAAGAGUGCAUCAAAUGAAUCAAAGAUGUCAUUUAAUGUUGAAGUUCUCUUUCCAGCAAUGGGUUCAACCUUUCAUGAAAACGACCAGGAGAGGUCAUCCAUCGGUUCGAAGGUAGCUUCGUGUACACAUUCAGUUCAUUCAGAUCAAUCAAGUUAUUCAGGAGGAUAUCGUAAGUUUCGAGUUCCUGAUCCAAUUUUGAGUCCUGCGUUGGAGUCCCAAAUCAAACGCCGACCACAAAGAAAAAAACAAUAUUCGCGUGUUUCUCCUGCAAAGUUCUGUCAUCUUUGUGCCCGUGCAGCAAGUAAGAAUAUUAGAAUGAUAGUUUGUUCUAAUAUUCAAAUUGGUAUGUGUCUCAAAGUGACUUGCGAAAAGUGUUUUCAACAAAACAAUUGGAAUUUUGAAGAAGCCAUUGGGAAUCCGGACUCAUGGAUAUGUACUCAUUGCCGUGGCUCAUGUCCUUAUCGUGCUCAGUGCUCUAUUUAUCAACGUACCAAUCAUCGGAGACGAGUUAGCCGUUUUCUAAUGAAAAAGCAAAAGGAACUGAACGAAGACUAUAGUACAUAGGCAGCAUACAUAGUUUCUAAAAUAUUGUUGUUCAUAUAACAUUUAUGGGAUUUGUUUGGGAGUUUCAUUCUAUUGCAUGUAGUUAGGGCAACGACAGUUCUUUUUGGAAUAAAAUUCACAUUGCUACA